AUGGCACGCCGUCAUCCCCGCCUCAAGGGACGUCAUGCUCCACCUGCGGUCAAUAAGGCCAAGCUCAAGGCCGCUGAGACUCCUCCCCCACCCAAGCCCGACUUGACGGCCGCGGCCCGCCUCGUCGCCAUCCCGCAUAUCCUCGAGGCGAUCGUCGCCAACGCCGACCGUAAGACCCAAGUCGCCAUGCUGCGCGUCAACCGCGAGCUCUUCCAGCUGGCCGGACGCGCGGUCUACCGCUGUCUCAUGAUUGACCAGAACACGAUCGGCCAGGGCAAGGGCGACAACCGCUUCCUCGGUAUCAUGUACGGCGCGCUCGUUGGCGGCCACUUCUUCGGCCGCCUUCCCCCAGACUGUGUCACAUUCACCACCGACUUCCUCGGGAGCCUUGACGACGACCUGCUCGCGGGCCUCGACCACAUCGACGAAAUGGGUCUCGGGAUCGGUUCGGACUCUAUCGCGAUGAACAUGGUCUUCGGUACCCGGCUCUUGAACAAGAGCCGCACUAGGUUCUACAACCCCGAGACCAACUUCAAGCGCCAGUUGCUCGCCUUCACCGAAGUGCUCACCGUCAGCACGCACCACUCGUGCUCGUGCGCCAUCUUUGACGGACAGUGGGCCAAACUCUUCCCCAACGUCAAGACCCUGCGCAUUUCCCCCCUCAAGUCCGUUCACAACGCCUUCGGCCUCGUUCCGAUGUGCUCGCCUGGCAUGAAUCCGUGCGGCACGGGUGACCGUCCGUGCUCGUUGCUCACGGAGCUGAACCCGCGCAAGAUCGUGUUCCGCAACGUCGACGGGUACGGCCUCCCCCUCCCAGACGACUUCAUCUGGGAUAUCUCUCCCGAUGUCGAGGUGGUGGUCUUCCUUCCUACCGACACCCGCGAGUACGGCGGCCCCCAUCGCCUGUGGCUGUCCCUCUCUGCGCAGUUCCCCCGCGUGGCAGAGGUGAAGAUCGUUAUCCUCGGCAACUACGACGGGGUGAGUGCGAUACGCGACCCUUCGGUGAAGCCCGACUUCCUCAUGGGUUCCAUCGGGGCAAUUGCUCUCAACCUGAUCUUUGGAGACGCCGCCCUCGAUAUGCUGGCCCAGAUGGAGGCGGGAGCCGCCCUCGUGAAGACAUACCGGAAGUAUCGCACCGACCACCCCGACCGCAUCAAGUCGCGCAAGUGCAUCGUCUACGGACUCGAGACCCUCAACUGUGAUCUCGAGGGGAGUCUCCAGGUCCAAAGCUUCAAGCAGUUGUUCCCAUCUCAAGCUGUCACGCCUGGCAGUGCUGUCGACCUCAUCAAGAGGGAGGUCAUGACCCAAGUCCUGGCCCUCAACGACGCCAAACCCUUCCUCCGUUCCUUCUUCAUCCCCAUGUGGCACAAGACCAACCCCAACUUUGUGUUCUCGACCCUUGCACAGUACAAGGAGGACGUGGCAUCGAGGUCGGCGGAGAUCAAUCCGAGUGACUAG